CCCGCCCCUGAGCGAGGCGGCGCCUCCCCGCUCCGACGGGCCGCCAUGGCCGAGGGGCAGGACGCGCUCGCGAGGGCGCGGGGCCGGACCAUGCGCGGCUUCCGCCAAGAUGAAGAAUAUCAGUGGAAAGCCCCCUUUUACUUCAUUCAAGGAGCAGAUCCUCAAUUUGGGCUGAUGAAAGCCUGGGCAAUUGGUGACUGUGACAGUGGAGGUGAUGAAUGGGAAGAGGAGAUCAAAUUAACAGAGCAAGCUGUACAGGCCAUUAACAAGCUAAAUCCCAAACCCAAGUUUUUUGUAUUAUGUGGUGACCUCAUACACGGCAUGCCAGGAACUCAGUGGCGAAAGGAUCAAGAGCAAGAUUUGAAGAAUGUUCUGAAGAAGGUUGACCAAGAUAUCCCGUUGGUAUUUGUCAGUGGAAAUCAUGAUAUUGGCAAUGCUCCAACACCAGAAACUAUAGAUGAUUAUUGCAAGCAUUGGGGCGAUGACUACUUCAGUUUUUGGAUUGGAGGAGUUUUCUUUCUUGUGCUGAAUUCUCAGUUAUACUUCAAUUCUUCUAAAUGCCCUGAGUUAAAGCAGGCCCAAGAUGAAUGGCUCAAUGGGCAGCUGGCUAUUGCUGAAAAACAGAAGUGUAAACAUGUAAUUGUAUUUCAGCACAUUCCUCUAUUUCUAAAAGACCCCGAUGAGGACCAUGACUACUUUAACUUAGAGAAGUCAGUUCGGCACAACAUCAUGGAAAAGUUCCAGAAAGCAGGCAUUAAAGCUGUGUUUUCUGGCCACUGCCAUAAGAAUGCUGGCGGAUUCUACAAAGGCCUAGAAAUGGUGGUUUCAUCAGCAAUAGGAUGUCAGCUGGGAGAAGAUACUCACGGGCUUAGAGUGGUCAUUGUCACAGAGGAAGACAUUGUUCACAGAUACUACAGUUUAAAUGAACUGAGUAACCAAGGGAUAGGUAAGGAUCUACUGGAUCUGCUGGUUAAACAAAAUUAGCAGUUUUCUUAGAGCUCUUCUUUUUUUUUAAUUUGAGUAUUUUUAUUUCACAUUAUAUAAAAGGUAGAAACUUAAGUUCAGAAAAAACACUACUAUAGGCUGAAGAUACAGAUUUGUGAUCAUUAUACACAGAUAGUUCUAGACUUACCAUUCAACAAAGCAGAAUGGCGUAUGGAGAUAGUUACACCUUAGAGAAUGAAACCAACUGUAUGAAAAAUAAGGGCAUUUGUACAUGUGACAAAAAUUGGCUGUUUUUGAGUUUUAAUUGAGUCACUCUGUACAUGUGCAGGGGGUUUUCAUGAUUUAAAUUAGGUUGUUACAUUGCAAACUAAACCACAUCUGCAUGUAGUUUAGUUUGCAACAUAGCUAUUUGUAACACUGCAGCCUUCUGAAAGUCCGUCCCUCUCCCCCCCCUGCAGGAGAGGCAGGCUAAAGGCAGAAGUGGUGAGGGGCCAAUCCUUUUUUUUUUUUUUUUGUGGAGCCUGCCCGCCUCACCCACAUCUGGGGGGCUAGCUGCUGGUGGGCCCAGCAGUCCCUGAGCUGCAGGUGGCCCCCAUCCUUCCUUCCACAGCGGUGGUGCCCCCUGGAACCGCCCAGGUGGGCUGCUAGUGGGCAGGUACUGCUCCAACUUAGCAGCACCCUCCCACUAGCCGCACACUGGCAGUCCCAGGGGGCACCGCCACAGUGGAGAGAAGAACUGGGCCCCCCAGCAGCUCAGGGCCCAUCAGCAGUUUGCCCCAGGGGCUUCGUUGGGGGCGGGGAGGAUCGGGCCCCUAGCCGCUUUUUUUCCUCCCCUGCGGAGCCCGCCUGCACAAGCUGCCACCAGGCCAAGGGGCCCCUGAGCUGGUGAGGGGGGAGAGGUCCUUCCCUCCAUGGUGGUGACACCCUCUGGGGCUGCCUGGGCAGGGUGCUAGCUGCAUUGGUGCUGCACCAACUGAAUCUAACUCUUCCCCAGGCCUGCGUGCUGGAAGCCCAAGGGGUGAGCUUCUGGCAGGACCUGAGCUGCAGGGGGCCCUGGUCUUUCCUUCCACCACAGCAGCAGUUUCUGGGGCUGCCCGGGAGGGUGGCUAGUGGGCAGGUGCUGUCCGAGCUGGGGCAGCACCCGCUGCUAGUCACCCACCCACACGGCCCCAGCGGGUGCCACCACCAUGGAAGGAAGCUCAGGGGCCACUGGGCCUACUGGCAACUCACCCUCCCCCGCCACAGGAGACAUGGGUAGGCUCUGCGGGGGAAAAAGAAAAAAAAGGAUUGGGCCCCUCACUAUAUCAGCGACAGAAGCCCCUAAAUUAAAACUGGGGUUUUAAUCCUUGUAAUUAAAAAUCCACCGUUUCAGUUUAGGGGACUAAAUCCCUGUCAUGUGUACAAGCGCCCUAAUAGAACUAAUGGCAUCACUAUUGAUUUUUUUAAAUUGGGAAGAGCUCUUCUAAGGAUAAACUCCUACUCUAUUUUUGGAUCAGGUUGUUUGAUAGCCAAGUAGUCUUGAUAGCAUCUAAGACUAAAAGCAGUUGUGUCUAGGUGGCAAAUUAAACAAGUCAAACUCGAGCCUACCUUUUACUUUAAUUGGAUGGUUAGUUAACCACACCUGAAAAGCAGAACCUAUACUUAAUGUUCACUAUUAAGCUCUUAGUUAUACUCCAAAAAGCAAGCAAGAAAAAUGUAACGUGUUCCUACUCUAUGUGGGCCAAUUCAAAACCCACUGAUAGGCUUUCCAUUAACUUCAAUGAGCUUUGGAUCAGAACUUGUUCCUACUUCCUACAUAUCAGUCUAACUUUCUCGAAUUCCAAGCUUUCACUCCUGUUCACUUUGCUUUUCUAUUGCUAUACUGGCCCUACAAACAGUCUCUUUUACUUAGCAUUUUAAUUAGAUGAAGUUGCUGUAAAAGGCAAGACUAGUCACAGAGGCAGUUCGAAAGUGUUUUCUUUUGUUAAAAAAGAAAUAGAAAAAGAUUUCAUACUCUCUUAAGUACUCUUGCUCAGAUGACCAUUUUCAUAAUUUUCAAGGAAGCACUUCAGAAUUGACAGCUAAUGUUCUUCACCAGUGCUACAAACAGAUUUUAAAACAAUACUUCAGUGUAAAAGUGUCAACAUAUCAAUUUCAAUGCGUCAGGCACCUAACCAGCUUUGUGCCUUUGAAAUAUCCUACUAGUUGCCUAGAUGAAUUGUCUGUCACCUAAGUACCUUUUUAAGCUACUUUGUCUUGGGGCAACUUUUUCCUCGCUAAUAAUUAAUGCUUCUAGCAAGUUAAGGGCUUAUCCCCUUACUGCUUGUGCUUAAAUUUGUAGGUGCAUCAUUCUAAUCUUAAUGCUAUGGGGGACAUUAGUAUUACCUAAUGCUAUGGUAAUUUGGCUAGAAGAACUGGGGAGUUGCUGUUGCCUCAUUAUAUUAUACAUUUGAAUAUGGAGAAGAAGAGGGGUAAGACAUUUUGCAGAAAAACUGAUUAAAAGAUGCAAUUAUAAAUUGUUUGGGUGGAAUUUGGGAGAGCCAAGAUUAACUCCACACAGAGAAGUGUUUUCCAUAAACAUGAGAAAGUUAAUGGCUUUUUGAUAUGGAUAUAUAUUGUUUAAAAAUAUAUUUUAGAUUUACGUUGAUAUACAAGUAGAAUUAUACAGCACAAAAAUAGGUUUAUGCAAAAUUAUUUUAAUUAUGUAAGCACUUCUUAACAUUAAUUCAUGCUGUAUAAACAUUUCUUCCAAGUUUGCUUUUUACAAGAGAUGUGUUUCUCAUUGUCUUCUCACUAGUAAAUUUCACAACACUGUAAAUCUUUUGAAUUACAAUUGGAAAAUAAAAGUUUCCUUCAUAUUA